CUGUCUCCAUGGGGACUGGAGGGCAGCCAAGGCUCCACCACCCGCUCGGCUAGGCCGGACUCUGCCCCGUCCCUCCCCUUGGCUCGGCUCCCGGCUGCCUGUGGGACAGGGACAGGGACGAGGACAGACAUGGCUGCCCGCAGCCAGCCCCAGAAGGCCACCUACGACGUCAUCGUCAUCGGGGCUGGCAUCCAGGGCUCCUUCGCUGCCUACCACCUGGCCCAGCGUCACAGGGACACCCUUCUGCUGGAGCAGUUCAUCCUGCCCCACUCCCGGGGCAGCUCGCACGGGCAGAGCCGCAUCACCCGCAGCGCCUACCCCCAGGCACACUACGCACGCAUGAUGCCCGACAGCUUCAGGCUCUGGCGGCGGCUGGAGGACGAGGCCGGCACCAGCCUCUACAGGCAGACGGGGCUGGUGGUGCUGGGCCCGGCGGGUGACCCGGAGCUGGAGAGCUGCCGGCGCAGCCUGGGUGCCGGCGACAUCCUCGACACCACGGCGCUGGCCCAGCGCUUCCCCGGCCUCCAGCUCCAGCCUGACCAGGUGGCCCUGUGGGACAGCACCGGUGGGGUGCUCUUUGCCGACCGGGCGCUGCGGGCGGUGCAGGACAUCUUUCGCCAGCACGGGGGCACCCUGCGGGAUGGGGAGAAGGUGCUGCACAUUGAACCUGGGGAUGUGCUCACCGUCACCACCACUGCCGGGGUGUACCGAGCCCCCCAGCUCAUCAUCACAGCCGGAGCCUGGACCGGUGCUCUGGUGGCACCCCUGGGUCUCCGCCUGCCGCUGCAGCCCCUGCGCAUCAAUGUCUGCUACUGGAGGGAGAAGGAGCUUGGGAUGCCCAGCAAAGACAGAGCCAGUCCCUGUUUCAUAACGCUGGGGCUGAGCGAAGCCCCCCACAGCAUCUACGGGCUGCCUGCACUUGAGUACCCGGGGCUGGUGAAGGUGUGCUACCACCACGGCAGCCCUGUUGACCCUGAGGAGCGGGACCGGGUCCCCCCAGAUGCCCCCCGCCCUUAUGUUGGCCUCCUGAGCAGCUUCAUCAGCAGGUACCUGCCCGGGCUGGAGCCCCAGCCAGCCGUGGUGGAGACCUGCCUCUACACGAACACUCCGGAUGAAGAUUUCAUCCUGGACCGGCACCCCAAGUUCAGCAACAUCAUAAUCGGGGCCGGCUUUUCAGGCCACGGGUUCAAGCUGGCGCCGGUGGUGGGGAAGCUGCUGUGUGAGCUGAGCCUGGGUGAGGAGCCAUCGCACAGCAUGGCCGCCUUCACCGUCACCCGCUUCCCCGGUGUGCUCCAGCCUGAGCUGUAGAUGCGGGGCCUUGGCCAUGCCUGGUGUGGCAUCACACUGUCCGGUAGCUGUGUCCCUGUGAUCCCAUGUCCUUACACCCCAGUGUGCCAGCACCUCCCACCCCUGCAUCCCUGUAUCUCCAACACCCUCCGCCCUGGUGUCCCAAUAUCCUGCACAUUCCGCUACCCUGCAUCCUCAUGUCUCUGUACUCACCACCACAGCACCAGCACCCAGCAGCCAUCUGUGCACCCCAGCACCACUCCAUCCCCACAUCCCAACACUCCUGCAUCCCCAUACCCUGCACCCUGCACCCUGACAACACAGCAACCCAGCAACCCUGCAUCCUUGUAUCCCAGCAUCCCAGUACCCUGAAUCUCUCCAUCCCGGUAUCCCAGCAUCUCGGUACCCUGCCUCUCCACAUCCCUGUAUCCCAGCAUCCUGGUACCCUGAAUCCCUCCGUCCCUGUAUCCCAGCAUCCUGGUACCCUGCCUCUCCACAUCCCAGCAUCCCCAUAUCCCCGCAUCCCAACAUCCCAUAUGCCACACAGUGCCAAGCCAUCUCUGCCAAGUGCCCGCUCCCUGAAAACAAAUUAAGGUGCUUUGUCAGCCUCAUGAAGAUGGAGCUGGAACAGCGCAGAGAGACACACUCGCUUAGGAGUCAAGUUAAAUGUUUUAAUGUUAAAUGUGCCAUUUUAUUAUCAUUA